CCGCAUCAUUAUUGCGAUCCCAAUUCUUUGCUGCAAACAAACAUUACUAUCACUCCUUACUUCUCCGAAGCUUCCGAUAAAUUGUUCGCUUCGCAACUGUUAAAAUUGUGUUACUGGAUUAAAACUAGCGGGCCUGGUGAAUCUUCACUCUCUUCUUAACUUGCUAAAUUUCUAUUUUGGGUUUUGCGGUGUGCUGAAUUUUAAAUCUUCAAAGACUCAUUUGGACUGCAAGAGCUGCUACUGUUUUUCGUGAUUGAGCAUAUUAAUUUGAUCUUCACGCCAAUCUCAUUUUAAGUCUCCUACAUGAAAUUGACUAGGACUUCUAGUAAAAUCAACCCAUCAGAUACUCAGUCGCAAAUGAAUCAACCCAAAAUCAAACGUAGAAUCGGGAAGUAUGAGGUUGGAAGGACUAUUGGUGAGGGAACAUUUGCAAAAGUUAAAUUUGCCAGAAAUUCUGAGACUGGAGAAGCUGUGGCCCUCAAGAUUCUUGACAAGGAUGCCGUCCUAAAGCACAAAAUGGCUGAACAGAUUAAGCGGGAGAUAGCAACAAUGAAAUUGAUCAAACAUCCCAAUGUUGUUACCAUAUACGAGGUGAUGGCCAGCAAGACCAAGAUAUUUAUUGUUUUGGAGUUUGUCACCGGGGGAGAGCUCUUUGACAAAAUUGUAAAUCAUGGAAGGAUGCGAGAAGAAGAAGCCAGAAGAUAUUUUCAGCAACUUAUUAAUGCUGUUGAUUAUUGCCAUAGUAGGGGGGUUUUUCACAGAGAUCUGAAGCCAGAAAACUUACUGCUGGAUGCUGCUGGAAACCUUAAAGUUUCUGAUUUUGGAUUAAGUGCUUUGUCUCAGCAAGUCAGGGGCGAUGGUUUGCUGCAUACUACUUGUGGAACACCAAACUAUGUUGCUCCUGAGGUCCUUAAUGAUCGAGGCUACAAUGGAGCAACUGCGGACUUGUGGUCGUGUGGAGUCAUACUCUUUGUAUUGCUUGCAGGUUACUUGCCUUUUGAUGAUUCUAAUCUUAUCAACCUAUAUAAAAAAAUAUGUUCAGCUGAAUUCACCUGUCCUCCUUGGAUUUCCUUUGGUGCCAUGAAAUUGAUAGCUCAGAUCCUGGAGCCAGAUCCGGAGAAACGUAUUACAAUUCCCGAUAUUUUGGAGGAUGAGUGGUUUAAGAAGGAUUACAAACCGUCAGCCUUUGAUGAGAAAGAAGAUGCAAAUUUGGAUGACGUUGAAGCUGUAUUUAAGGAUUCUGAGGAAUAUCACGUAACUGAGAAAAGGGAGGUGCAGCCAGCUGCCAUGAAUGCCUUUGAGUUGAUUUCCAUGUCAAAAGGUCUGGAUCUUGGGAAUCUAUUUGAUGAACAGGGAUUCAAGAGAGAAACGAGGUUCACAUCUAAAUCCUCGGCAAAGGAUAUAAUUAGUAAAAUCGAAGAAGCCGCAAAACCUCUAGGUUUUGAUGUCCAGAAAAAGAAUUACAAGAUGAGGCUUGAAAACUCAAAAGCUGGAAGAAAAGGCAACCUCAAUAUCGCCACAGAGGUUUUUCAAGUGGCCCCUUCUUUGCACAUGGUUGAGGUUAGAAAAGCAAAGGGAGAUACUUUGGAAUUCCACAAGUUCUAUAAAAACCUCUCCACCUGCUUAGAGGACGUGGUAUGGAAAUCCGAAGACGAUGUGUCACAAAGAAAGUAGCAGUGUUGAUCUGACGAAAAGAAGCUGCAAUAGUCUCUUAUAAAAUGUAUUCGUGAUGUUUCGUCAUUCUUGAUUUUCUCUCAUCGGACGUUUCCUGUGCGGUGAGGUAUUUGAACGGAAGUGGUGUUGGUGUUUGGUGUUGGUGUUGUCUCAUGAUAUAAAUAUGAGACAUUUACGGUGAGAUGUGGCUUCUUCAUGUGUUGCUUAGGCAAAUGCAAUCUCAACUGUAUAUUAGGACCUCUCCUUAUAUAAUGAAAAUCCCCCC